AUGGCAGACCUAACAGACGUGGUUCUGGAGGCAGUAGACAAGAAUGGCGGUGUAGAAACGCUGGAGCUGGCUUCCCAGUUGUCGGUUGAUCAUCAAAAAAUUGUGGGAGCUGUCAAGAGUUUACAGUCUUUAGGAGAUGCUGAUGAUCGGGGGUCUGAUAAUUACUACUCUCCAUAUCUCAAAUUCAGGCUGAUGAUCGGGUUUAUGGUGCCCACAGCCUUCCUAUCCAUGUGGAUCAGCAAUACGGCCACCACCGCCAUGAUGGUGCCUAUUGCCCAGGCCGUCAUAGAGCAGCUAGUCCGUACCAGGGAGAGCAGCUACAAGAACAUGAAUGCUGGUAAAAAGUCUGAAAAAGAAAUGAAAGGUUCAGACGGUGCUAUCGUGUUGUCCAAUCCUAACGCUGAAGAUGACGACAAGGGAGAUAAGCCAGUGGUUUACAUUGAGAUGUCAAACCACGAAAAAAAUACGAUGCCCGAGAACAAUUCCAAGAGCUAUGAUGUCACUGAUACUGGUGCAGAUAUCAGCAAGGCUCAGAAAGAGGAACUGAGCAAGAUGCGGAAAGGAGUGACCCUGUGCGUGGCCUAUGCAGCCACGUGCGGGGGCGUGUCUACUCUGACGGGCACAGGGCCAAAUCUGGUGGCUAAAGGCGUCACAGAUACGAUGUUUGACGAAAAGGCUGGUAUAAACUUUACCAGUUGGUUUGUGUUCGCGUUUCCCUGUUCUGUACUGGCACUGUUCGUCACGUACCUGUGGCUGCAGAUUCAUUUCCUCGGUUUCAGGAAUUCCAUAUUUGUGUGUAAGAAGAAGACAGAAUUAUCGAUCAGGGAAGCAAAAUCAACCAGAAUAGUUCUCAACAAAGAGCUGGAGGAACUGGGGCCAAUUAGUUUUGCUGAAAUCAUGGUGUCCUUACACUUUGCGGCGUUAGCUUUACUAUGGCUUACUCGGGAGUCAGAUUUCUUCAAUGGCUGGGGGACGUACAUUCCAGGAGAGGCAGCCUCGGAUUCAACACCCGCCAUUUUGUUGUGCGUGUCUCUGUUCAUAUUCCCUUCGACCCGCCCAAAUUUCUUCUGUUGCCAGUCCAGUAAUGACGAUUCACCACCUGGCCCACGCCCAGCUCUGUUAGACUGGUACACUGUUACCCAUAAGUUCUCCUGGGGUAUCGUCUUGCUCCUGGGGGGAGGUUUUGCUUUGGCUAAAGCAUGUCAGAGUUCUGGUCUCUCCGAAUUGCUAGCCAGUGAACUGACUGUGUUUAAAGGCAUUCCACCCUGGGCCAUUUGUAUCAUCGUCACGAUCAUGAUCGCCGCCAUUACGGAAGUCACGAGUAACGUUGCCAUAGCAACCAUCUUCCUGCCAAUUCUCGGACAGCUGAGUGUUGGUAUCGGUGUUCACCCGCUAUAUCUGGUAAUACCCGGAUGUAUUGCGUCCUCAUUCGCCUUUAUGUUGCCAGUGGCAACGCCACCGAACGCAAUUGUGUUUUCCUACGGAGCCAUUCGUGUGGUGGACAUGGCGAAGGCUGGCAUUGUAUUGAACUUGAUGUGUAUUGGCAUCGUCAACCUCGGCAUCAACACCUGGGGGCGGGCAUACUUCAAACUGGACACCUUCCCGGACUGGGCAAACACCACAGUCGGUCUCCAUGAAGAAGUUAUCGUCAAGUGCGUCAACGAAACGAUAAUGUCAUGAAUUGAACGAAAUCGUCUCUAUAUUUAAAAUAUCUGGUCCGUGUAAAUCGGUACAGAAUUGAUACACUGUAAAAAACCCAAAAUGUGUUUUAGGUGACACUGUUAAAUCGGUCUCACCGAUUGUUCUCUCUGCUUUAUCAUCAAAUGUAUCGGGUAUAUGUCUAAUGGGUCCACAGUUAGCGCCACCCUUGCAUGUCUUGUGGUCGAUGGUUAAUGGCGUCUUGUAUAAAUUCUCUGCCAGACCCUUGUUAGGUAUACAGUACCGUCAGGGCUGGAUCAAAGACACUUAUGUCUCACCUUUAAACGUUUGCUGCAUAUGUAAACCAAAAAAAAGUUUUGAAACAUUAACAUUUGUUCAUGCAAACCAUUAUUACACUUCUGAGUUGUAAGAGCAAAUAGCGAAACUUUCGCAAAACUACUUGCUCCUGUGUGACACUGGAAGCGAUGAGAACUCUUCUUGGGUAUUAUCUUCUUGAACCACGUAAGAUUACAGUUAUUGAACAUUAUUUCAUACUUCCCCGACGAAUAAAAAUGAUCGAACCUCAAGCACAGGUUGCUAGUUUUCGAAGUGGGAUCAAGUCUACCAUCUUCUACCCAGCACAAUGGUGAGUUCAGCUUGCACCCGAGGCGCCAUUGCACUGACCAGGUACUCCAUUCAAAGAAGGAUUAAUACAUCAUAUAAGACCAAACUUAUAUUACAACCAAAUGUAAUAUAAAUGUACAUGCUCGAUAUUACAACCAAAUGUAAUAUAAAUGUACAUGCUCGAUAUUACAACCAAAUGUAAUAUAAAUGUACAUGUAUAACCUGUUAUAAUAACCGGUAAAUCCUUGUAUCCUUUUAAACUUUUUUGUUUACAUUUUAUAUAUUAUGUGUGAUGUGGU